CAGAGGUGAGUACUUCAGAGUACUAACAUACACAGAAACGGUACAAAGGGCAGUACAUGGGUAAAUAAUUAUUUUUUACCGCAGUUAAUAUUCUACGAACCUUCGGGCUUCAGAUGCGAGUUCCCUCCUUGCACAUCCUCCGUUUAUUCUCUCCCAGACACACGGUCCAGCCACAGAAACGGAGCUUGUGUGACACACCCAUGCGUCUGGUCCAGUUUUAUCGCCAUGGUGAUGGAGGGAAAGACGGAGUCAGAGUUGGGGUGGAGCAGGAUGAAGGGUUUAGCGUGGUGGACCUGAGGGCGUUUGACCCCUCCAUGCCCUCUACGAUAAAAGAGCUGCUGGAGCUCGGAGACAAAGGUCUGGAGUGUGCGCGGAGGGCACUGUCAUCUGGUCAGGGUGUGCUGAAGCGUUCAGACGUCAGGCUGGUUUCUCCCAUCUUAGCCCCAGAGAAGGUGGUGUGUGUGGGUAUGAACUACCGCGACCACUGCCUGGAGCAGAACGCCCCCAUCCCCAAAGAGCCCAUCAUCUUCAGCAAGUUUCCCAAUGCCAUCACAGGACCGUACGACGAUAUUGUUCUACCCUCUGAGAGCCAGGAGGUGGACUGGGAGGUGGAGCUGGCUUUUGUGAUUGGGCAACGAGGAAAGCACAUUAAGGAGGAGGAGGCCCUCUCUUAUGUGGCGGGGUUCAUGGUGGCCAAUGACGUCAGCGCACGCGACUGGCAGAUGAAGCGCAACGGAAAGCAGUGGCUGCUGGGAAAAACCUUUGAAAGCUUCUGUCCCCUCGGCCCUGCGUUAGUAACCACUGAUGCUGUGCGAGACCCUCACAACUUGGGCAUUCGCUGCCUGGUAAAUGGAGACGAGGUCCAGAGCAGCAACACUGACCAGAUGAUCUUCAAGACCGAAGCGCUGAUUGCCUGGGUGUCAAAGUUUGUGACUUUAACUCCUGGUGACGUGUUCCUGACAGGCACCCCUCCUGGUGUGGGUGUUUUCAGAAAGCCGCCCGUCUUCCUCAAGAAAGGCGAUGUGGUGGAGUGCCAAAUAGACCAGCUAGGCUCCAUCAUCAACAAAGUCAUCUAAACCUCUGCCAAGCCUUAUCAACAUUACCAGUUGCACUUUUCAUCCAGAAAUAAAACAUUAUAAUUUAUGGACCAUAUCUUGAUUGUCUGUA